AUGCUUCCCAGCCGAGCCAUUGCGCGCUCCGUACCCUCAUCAGGGGCACGGAGGCAACUCCAGACCCGAUGGGCUAGCCCUCCCAGCGCCCUCUCACAACGACUCGGAAACGGUCGCCAAUUCGGAACGUCGUUACGAUCCGGGAACUCCAACAUCACAGCUUCACCGUUCCGAACGCACAAUGUCGCCGCCCCAUUCAUGCUCGGAGGUGUAUCCUCAUCGCGGCACUUCUCCCUCUGGGGGUACGGCAAGAAAAAGACACCCGAAGAAGCACCAGCGGCUACAAAACCCGAAACCUCAGCCCCUUCUGAAGCCGUCCGCCCCGUCGACCCAACGCCAGAAAAUGACAUCCCCACGCCUCCCACCGAACCCGCCGUUCCGGCCUCCGAAGUCGACCUCUCUUCCAUCAGCGACAUCGUCAACGGCCAGGACAUUCUCAAUAUGCCCGAACAGAUAGGGUACCUGAGCGCCCUUGGGCUCGACUAUGGUGUGGGCCCCACGUCCAUCAUGCAAUGGGUGCUCGAGCACGUCCAUGUCUAUAGCGGCCUGGGCUGGGGCGCCUCCAUCAUGGCUACGGCCGUCUUCCUCCGCUGCCUCAUGUUCUACCCGCAGAUUCGCAGUCUCAAGUUCAACGCCGUCAUGCAAAAUCUCCGCAAGGAUCCUCGGUCCCAAGAGGCAAUGAAGCUGGUCCAGCAGGGUUUCGCAAACCAGGAUAAUGAAAUGCGCCAAAAGGGCCAGUACCUGAACAAGAUGCUCAAGGAGCAGUACGGGGCUAGCAACUGGGGCAUGCUGUGGUCGUUUGGUCAAAUCCCGUUUACAUUUGGACUGUUCCGCAUUGUCAGCGGCAUGACGAAUGUGCCUGUGCCGGCAAUGGAGACAGCCGGGUAUCUCUGGUUUCCGGACCUGACGGCCACGGAUCCCUACUUUAUCCUUCCUGCCGCCGGUACAGCUCUCAUGAUUGGAGCUCUGGCCAUCAACGCCAAACACACCCCCGAGUCACAGAAGAAGAUGCUUAAAACAAUGACCUAUGUAUUCGGUGUAGUCGGCUUCAUCGGCACCACAUUCCUCUCCGCCGCCGUGAACCUCAUGACCGUCGCCCUCGGCGCGUCCACCCUCAUCACUGCCAUCGUCCUCAACAACGCCCUCGUCCGCCGAACCGUCGGUCUCCCCCCUCAUCCCACCGCUACCCCAGCCCCUACCACCAAGCAAACCACCUACGAAGCUCCGCGUGCAGCGAACACACCCGAGCCUGGUCUGCGAGAACGCCUCAACACCAGCCUCAACGACAUGAAGAAGGGCAUGUCUGACCAAAUCACCAACUAUACAGGUACUUAUAGUGGCACGGAUGAAGAAAAGGCAGAGAGAAAGCGAAAGGAGUUGAUUCGCAAGUUGGAAGACACGCGCAAGCAGCAGGAGCGUGAUGAGUUUGAGAGGAAGUACAAGGGUAAGAGUUAA